CUUUAUAUGAGUUAUGAUUGAGUGUCACGUGUUUUGUGUGAAAAUUAAUUUAUAGUGUUUUUCAAUGCAUUGAUUGACUGAUCGUUUGGCGCAUUGAUUGUCAAUCACUUGAAUAACCGUUUGAUUACUGAAUCGUCACUCGUGUUGACCAUCAAGUGAUCACUUAAUUCACGUCAUCGACAACAACGACAACAACAACGACAAUGACUAUUAAUACUGAAAAGCUAAAGACGUCGCGCAAGAAGUUGAACAUAAAGCGUGCGCUUGAAUUGAUGGCCGACCAUCACUAUCGGGAAGCGCUGGCAAUGUUUACUACUUGUAUCACAUCUGAUCCAAAUGACUUCAGACUUUAUGUCAACCGAUCCUAUUGUUACCAACAGUUGGACAAAUUGGCUAAAGCUUUGUCCGACGCUAACACUGCCAUUGGUCUUAACGAUAGUCACAUCGCUGGUUAUUACCGAAAAGGUUGCGUAAUGUUGGCCUCCAAAGUGUUUCGUUCGGCCGAACAGUCAUUUCAAAGGGCGCUUCAAAUCGAUGGCAACGAUGCGAACUCUAGGCUUAAACUACGAGAAACUCACCACAAGUUUCUAAUGGAAUUCGGUUUAUCCGAAGAUGAGGCCAACAGUUGUCUCGAUACCGAACAAUACAAGACAUGUACGGAAAUUACAGAUGGCUUGAGUGCCGGAGGAAUUAUUAGAGCCAUAAAAAUCACUAAUGGAACCAAUUCGGUGACAAGUGUUGAGUCUAUACGUAAUGGUACUGACAUUUCCGACACAUUAUUGACAUCUUUUAGCGACUUGAGUACACUUUCAGAAGAUUUAACAUUAAGUGACUCGAUGUCAAUACCGGGGAACAGCAGCUCUAUUACAGAUCUCAUCAACUUUGAUGGUACGGCUGAGGCCAACAAUAGUACAUCCGUUUCAUUGAAUUGCGAUGAAAUUAGAAUGCCUUCAAGUGUUCCCUUUAAAAAGAGAUCUUCAUCUGUAAGCACACUAUCAUCAACAACAUCACCAUCAAUGGUACAGAAGCUAAUUGAUGGGCCUAUGAGCCAAUCAAAUAUCAAAAUUGAUGAGAUAUCGAAAGAUUCGUUGCAAAAGACAUCAGAAGACAAGUCAGAAGAGACCGCUUCCAAAAAUUUAACGCCAAAAUCAAGGUUUAUUAAAACCCGUCCUCAGAUAAGAUUGUCUGCAAAAUGA